AUGGAAUCACUUAAAGCGACCUUGUCCCAACUUGUAUUGUUGGUUCCACCAGAAUCAUUUCAAUUGGGAGAUGAUGAAAGGGUGAAUAAGCUCACACAAGCUAUUUUGGAAGCCCGUUAUGUCGAAAUUUUAGAAAUCAGUGAUUUCAAGGAGAUUGCCUGUCUUCCGGUAGCCCAAAGCACUCUUCAUCAAUAUGGAGAAUUGCCAUUGAUUGAUGUUCUUAGGAACUUCACUCAAGCGUUAAUUGACUCAAGCAAGCAGCUUGUUGGCAAGGAUGGUGUCAUCGAUGCACAUAUAUACGCCAUCACAUUUUUGCAACUUUUCAUACAAUCUAACUUCACUGGACCACCAAUUAAGAUGAGUGCUCAUUCACUACUUUUCCCUAUUGCUGAUGAGCAGAAACUACAAUCAGAUGCCAUCAAUGUGCUUAGUGUGGAAGGACAAUCGGCGUAUGAUUUAAUGCAGGACCCCGUUUAUUUAAUUCUUGCCGAAUUGAUGUUUGAGGCAUUAACUGACACUCCCGUUGAAGCUUCAAUAUUUUCCAAAGAUGUGGCGCAACAAACAAAGCAAGUUCUUGAUCACACGGAAAAGAUUUGCCAGCAAAUUGAUGAUCCUGUCAAGGCGUCGAUUACGUGGUGGAAAGCAAGGACUCUACAAGUGCAUUCAUCAGUUUUAUCAGAACCUCUGGGUAUUAUACUGUCUGUUUGUGGAUUAUUGUUGGGAACCAAUUUGCUAACACAUCUUGUUCCUUCAAAGGACUCACCCUCUGGUGUUCAAAUGUUGAGUCAAGUGCAAUUUGUUCUUGAACAAGCGAGAGUUUAUAUCCAUGCGCAAACGGAGCACGCUUCAAUAGCCCCAUUGAACAAGGUUAUUAAUAUCACCGGCUUACAGCUACUCCUCUCAGGAGCCAAAGCAAAAAGAACCAAGUUUCAAAAAUUCCUUACAUCCAACUUGAUUGUCUUGGCCAAAAGCAGACAAAAUACAUUGUAUGAUGUUAAUUUUAAUGAUGACGCUAAUUUGGAAAACUACAAGCUCGAUUCUGACCUUUUACUAGAAAGACCGCAAUUUGAGUCCUUGGAGAAUUUAGAUUUGGAAACUGAGAAUGAAUCAAAGAGAAUAAAAUUGGACCCCAAAGCUGUCAUUGACGAGCUCGCUGAAAAUAGGCUCCUCCCAUUAGCAAUGACUGUUGAAGAUAUACCGGAAGAUUUGAGAGCUCUUGAUCCAAAUAACCAGCCUGUUUUGGGCAACGUGGACAUUCUUCAAAUACUUCUAAGGUUGACAGUAAUUAGACAAACGACCCCUUCGAAUGAUGCUUUGGUCGAAGACGAGUUGUUGGCAUUGGUGGCACGAAUAAUCUAUUCAGACUCCGAGAGUGGAAACUGGCUUUUGUACUCGAGAGCCCUUUGGGAGAGAUCUCUUUUAGAAACAGGAAAAUCCAGGACUGUAGAGAGGGGUAUUCUACAGAUGACGUCAUUGAUUGAGGAAAUUGGGAUCAAAAUUAGUACACGCCUUUUGCCACAAGCUGAAGAGAGCGACCCAAAUACAGUGGCGUCACUGAGACUAAGGUUUAUUCACCAAUUGCCUUUGUUACCGCAAUGGGCCUUGGAUGCCAAACUUGCCGAAAAGUACAUGUCACUAGGUGUUAUCAAGUCGGCCCUUGAAAUUUACGAAAGGCUCCAUUUGGAAAGCGAGGCAGCUUUGUGCUAUGCUGCUAUUGGCCAUGAGCAAGAUGCAGAAAAGAUUUUAUUUUCAAGAAUCAGGGAGCACCCCAAGGAUGCGAGAGCCAUAUCCAUUUUGGGAGAUCUUAAACAGGAUCCGCAAUUGUGGGAGAAGGCCUGGCAGGUAGGACACUACGCCAAAGCAAAAGCUUCUUUGUCGAGAUACUACUAUUCUCCUCCGCCUGGCUCUGGUCUUUCCAAAAACUUGGAAUUGGCCAUAUCGCAUAUGUAUGAUUGUUUGCAUGUCAACCCAUUGAACUACGAAAAUUGGUUCUUUUAUGGGUGCUGUGGUUUGGAGUCUGGACAAUUUGAACUUGCUUCGGAGGCCUUUACAAGGUGUGUAUCAUUAGACGACAGCAACACGUAUGCGUGGUCUAAUUUGGCUUCAGCCCUUUUGAAGCUUGACAAGGUAAAGCCCGCAUUUAAUGCUUUAAAGAAAGCUGUUAGAUCCGGUGGUGACAGAAAAUCGUGGAAAGUGUAUGAAAAUUAUAUGAAUGUUGCCAUGCAGCUCAACGAAUGGAAUGAUGUAUUGAUCGCUUACCGUGAGCUCCUUUCUAUUAGAAAAGACGAGGGAGAUAGUGUGAUUGACAUACCCGUAUUGGAGAAGCUAAGUGAGAUUCUUAUCACGUCUGAGUUUUCAGAAAGUGGGCAAACGUUGAGUCACUUUCAAAGAUCUUGUAUUCAACUUAUUUGUGAAACCUUGCCGACCUUAAUCACAUCUUCAGCUCGCUGUUGGAGAAUCGUGGCCCGAGUUGAACUUUGGAGGAAACGGCCUUGGGCAGCAUUAGAUUGCCAUGAAAAGGCAUACAGGGCUUUGCUUCACAACCCAGAAAUAGAGGUUAAUGAAGAAGUGUGGAAUGAAGUAGUUGAUGCAUGUGCAGAUUUGGUAGGUGCCUUUGAGUCGUUGGGAGAGUUACCCGGAAAACACGGCGCUGGUGAUGUGGUCUGUAACGACUGGAAGUACAAAGCCAGAACAACGGUGAGAUCUUUGUUGUCCAAGGGUAAGGAUAUUUGGGAAGACACGCAAGGAUGGGAGACUUUACAAACGUUGAAGGAGGAUUUAAGAAACUAG